GCGAACAGAAACUGCCAGUGCAAUGAAAGUAUCGCGUAGCCGGUGGAGAGAGAGGUCAUCGUUUUCACCACAGGACUGACAGCCUCCAGACCUGAGCCCUGCUCCUCUGGCUGUCCUAACAGCCAGGUUGGAUGUUUUUAGUCGUAGACCAUGAAUGGGCCAGUUACGCCGCUGACCUUCCGCUAAUUCGUCUGAAAAUGCUCCAUGCGUGUUGCAGAGUGCUAGAAGAUGGCGGAGUCGGAUGGUGGGGAUUUUGCUUCGAGACAUCCGCAGAACAGUAUGGCUAACAAGAAUAGCACCCUGCGCUGUACGUUCUCAGCUCCGAGCCACAGCACCACCCUCCUCCAGGGCUUGUCCUUCCUGCGAGCUCAGGGCCAGCUGCUAGACGUGGUGCUUGCCAUCAACGAGGAGCGCUUCCAGGUCCACAAAGCGGUGCUGGCCUCCUGCAGUGACUACUUCAGAGCAAUGUUUACUGGAGGUAUGAGGGAGUCAAACCAGGAUACAAUUGAGCUGAAGGGCUUGUCGGCCCGUGGCCUGAAACAUAUCAUUGACUUUGCCUACAGUGCAGAAGUCACUCUAGACCUGGACUGCAUUCAAGAUGUCCUUGGGGCGGCUGUCUUUCUCCAGAUGGUCCCUGUUGUGGAGCUCUGCGAGGAGUUCCUCAAGUCAGCGAUGAGUGUGGAGACCUGCCUGAACAUUGGCCAGAUGGCCACCACCUUCAACCUGUCUUCCCUCAAGGAGUCAGUGGAUGCCUUCACCUUCCGCCACUUCCUUCAAAUUGCCGAGGAGGAAGACUUCCUGCACAUCCCCAUGGAGCGUCUGGUCUUCUUCCUGCAGAGCAACAAGCUGAAGAACUGUAGCGAGAUCGACCUGUUUCACGCCGCCAUCCGAUGGCUUCAAUAUGAUGAAUCCCGCCGGGCCCAAGCCAAUGGCGUGCUCUGCCACGUGCGCUUCCCGCUCAUGCGCUCCUCUGAGUUGGUGGACAGCGUGCAGACAGUGGACAUCAUGGUGGAGGAUGUGCUGUGCCGGCAGUAUCUCCUGGAGGCCUUCAAUUACCAGAUCCUGCCAUUCCGACAGCAUGAGAUGCAGUCCCCGCGGACGGUCAUCCGGUCUGACGUCACGUCGCUCAUCACUUUCGGCGGGACGCCCUACACCGACAAUGACCGCACUGUAAGCACCAAGGUGUACUAUCUCCCCGAUGUUGCCUCUCGCCAGUUCAAAGAGCUGACUGAGAUGGAGGCAGGCUGCAGUCACGCUUGCGUCGCAGUCCUCGAUAACUUUGUGUACGUGGUCGGCGGACAGCAUUUACAGUACCGCAGUGGCGAGGGGGCAGUGGACAGCUGCUUCCGUUACGAUCCGCACCUGAGCCAGUGGUUACGCAUCCAGCCUAUGCAGGAGGGGCGCAUUCAGUUUCAGCUUAAUGUGCUGCACGGACAGCUCUAUGCCACUGGAGGGCGCAAUCGAUCUGGCAGCCUGUCAUCUGUGGAGUGCUACUGCCCCAAAAAGAACGAAUGGACUUACGUGGAACCAUUAAAACGCAGAAUCUGGGGCCAUGCAGGCACUCCCUGUGGAGACAAGCUGUACGUCUCGGGGGGAUACGGCGUCUCGCUGGAUGAUAAGAAAACUCUUCACUGCUACGACCCGGUGUCUGACCAGUGGGAUUUCAGAGCUCCCAUGAACGAACCCAGAGUGCUCCACGCCAUGAUCAGCACCAAGGAACGGGUUUACGCCCUGGGUGGUCGCAUGGACCAUGUAGACCGCUGUUUUGACGUGCUAGCAGUAGAGUAUUAUGUUCCAGAGAAUGACCAGUGGACCACCGUCAGUCCCAUGCGGGCCGGGCAGUCCGAGGCAGGCUGCUGCUUGCUGGACAAAAAGAUCUACAUCGUCGGUGGAUACAACUGGCACCUGAACAAUGUCACAAGCAUUGUGCAGGUGUACAACACCGAGACAGAUGAGUGGGAGAGGGAUUUGCACUUCCCAGAGUCCUUUGCAGGAAUUGCUUGUACACCAAUUAUACUUCCACAAACCACCACGCAGCACUGACCAUGUGACCUGCCAACUGUGACAGUUUGAUUCUGCGUGCUCUUGCUGCUGUCUGUUGGGUCAAUACAAGGUGUGAACAUUGUAUAAGCUAUUGUUGUCUUUGGUUGUGUGUGUGUGUGUGUGUGUGUGUGUGUGUGUGUGUGUGUUUGUGUUCAUUUGACUUUUGACUGAAAAGCAAUUGAACAAUAUUACUCUAUACAGUGUAUUAUUUCCCUGUCCUUCCUGUGGCUGAGGUUUGUGUAAUGAGUGAUACAGCAUUGUAAUCUUUGAUUUGUAUUCAGAGGGUAAGCUGUUUGGAUUUUAAAUGUAUCUUUUAAGUGAAUAAUUAUCUUCAAAUCUUCAAACUUCAUAAGUCCUCGUUUAUAUGAUGGCCAAUAGGAUUUAUCUUACACUUGCACAAAUGAUCUAGCCAUGGGCAAUUGAGUCAGUAAAACUUGAGGGUUCCAUUUCAACACACUGUAUGUCCAUGUCUUAUGUUCAUACUUUUCUAGGUGUGAAUUAUGAACGAUCCAGGCUUUGUAUGUGUUUUAAUUUUACCAUCCAAGGGCUUACAUUACCUGCUUCAUUCUUGCUGAAAAGCAAGAACUGGUCUUUGUUUGGGGAUUUUGUCAGAUUGGGGUCAUCCUGGAAUGAAACUCUCAGAUUCUCAAGUGUCUCAGUUCAAUUUUGCUGUGCAAAGGCAUUAAGACUAGACUGUUUAAAUGUAGGACAUUUUGAUUGUACUGGAUUUUAACAGUUUGAAGUCCAUUUCUUUUUUAAAAUAGCUUUCUUUUUAUUACCAUGUAAGAUUUGGUUUGAUGUUAGUAUUUUACCAUUCAAGGACCCAAGAGCACAAAGGCUAAACAUCUUUUUGUUAUCCUUAAGUUUUAUUUAUCCUCCUCACACAUCGGUUUAUGGUAAUAGGUGCACAAGGGGAUGAAAUAUUCUUCACUUUGAUCUUGAUGGCGUUUGUCCAGUUUAUAUUUAAUUUUUUUUAAUUUUUUGGCUCCUUGACAUAGCCCCUGUGUGCUGUCAGCGGAAGCCCUCCUUAUAUUUUUAUUUUAUUUUAUUUGACUGCAUUGCUGCACUUUCUGAAGCAGUAUUGAUGACACAUGCAAUAUGCUGACUGAUUCUGCUGCUAAUGUCUUUGUACUACUUGGUAUGUCUGUGGGUUAGAGAUGAGCUUAAAAUUCCCAUUUUUCCUAUUUAUGUGAUGACUAGAAGUGUCCUCCUAUCUGCCUUAGUGUGUCUUCAUCAUGUUUUACCUGUACCAGUAAAAAGCACACUGUCAUUGAAGUGCAUUAUAAAGCAAACCACUGUAAUCAAACGGGAAUGUAGACUUUUGUGCAGCUUUAUGUGCAUCCUUUAUUAAAGGUGUUUCAUGUAUUAAAAAUACAGUGCAUGUGUUGUGUUGAUAGAAAAAAAUAAUGCUGGCUUCAAAAUAUUACAGGUUGUAAUACACAUCUCCACACUUUCCACCGUUUUGAUCAUUUUUUUCUUAGGCUUUCCAUGUUGUAUGUUUCUGAUACAGUUUCCUGUAUGCCUUUGAUGUUGGGGGAGCAUGUUAUGUAAAAAAAAAAAAAAAAAAAAAAAAAAAAAGACUGACAAUGUAAAGUGCAAAGUAACAACACUGCUGUCCAUUUGUGAAUCUUGAAUAUGCAUACAGUCUCCCAGUUUUGAUGAGGGUUUUCCCCUCCACCCUGUGCAAUAAAUACUUGCUUGUCUUUA